AACGAAUGGCAGAUAUCGCCGCGAAAGGAUUUGCGGCGCAGUUCCCUGAUCGCAAGAAGAUCGAAAUGGAGCAAGGAGCUAGGAGCUAGGAGCUAGACGACCGUCUUUCUGGUCAUUCACAAAAUUUCCCCGCACUGGCCGAGGUAGAGCAACACCUGCCUCACAGGGUCCCCGCGCGCUUUAGAUGACCUCUUUUCUCCUGUGGGGUGGGCUGGCUUUAUUCAUUGCGAGAAGAAGUUACAGUCGAACUUGGAACGAGUCUUGCCUGGGACGAUCUCAACAUGGCAGGGCCGGGUAACCUCGUGAUCGUGUCCCUGGUCGUGGCUCUCUCGAGCCUUCUUUACAUGCAAUGGUACCCGCUUCUGAAUCAGUUUGGAGGCCGUCUAAGUGAUUUGGAUCCUGCUCGGUACACAGUUCAUAUCGACCAUAAGCCUUUGAACAAUGACAAGUGCAAGAAGUUCCCAGAGGGUCAGGCAUGUGAAGACGUAAGGAUUCAUCAGGACUCUUCAACUGCCUUUUUAGCGUGCGGCUAUCCAGAAACAAGACGUUACUUUUACCCUCCAAUCCGCAUCGUGUCAACAACGGCAGCAAAUUCCUAUCGGGAGUACUUUCUCAAGUAUGAUUUAGAGACCGGCAAAACCACACAGCUGGACGUGGUCGGAUGGGACGGCGAUCUUGUUCUGCAUGGAAUCGAUAUCCGCGUCAGGCCUGAGGACUCUAGCACUAUCGAUUUGUGGGCCGUAAACCAUGACCGCAAGGGCGAGUCAAUCCUUCUCUUUUCCCACGUGCUGGGCACCAAGACGCUCACCUUCGUCAAGGAGUUCAAGCACCCGCUGAUCAAGACUCCAAACGCCGUCGCUGCGACGGGCGCUCUCUCUUUCUUUAUCUCCAACGACAAUUACGCGUACCCGACCACUUGGUUCGGAAUCCCACGGUGGUUCGAGAAGACUUUCGGCCCGUUCAGUUGGGCAUCGAGCAUUGUACACUGCCUUGCGAACCCAGACGGGGAUCCCUUUUGCAAGAUUGUCUCCCCUCCAAACAGUCACCCCGCCGCCAAUGGCGUGGCCUUGGUUGAGGACGGCAAGGCCCUGCUCGUCAAUGAGAUUGUGGAGGCCACCACAACGGUGUACGACGUGCACCCCGUGAGCAAGAUGCUAAAAUUGAGGAAGAAAAUCAAUCUCGGCGCCCCUGCAGACAAUCUUCAAGAGAUUCCUGGAACAGGUGAUGUCUCUGUUUGUGUGUUCCCUAACCCCGGAGCGCUGUUCGGCCGUCUGGCCGAGGAGAAUAUCCUCAACAGCUCAAUGAUCGGUGCCGCCGCCGUUCUUCGAUUGCGGAAGGACAGAGAUUACGAACCCGAGGUCAUUUACUGGGACGAUGGCUCACUAAUCACGAUACUAACCGGAGCCGCGGUGGACCCAGUGCGCAAAAAGAUGAUUGCUGGCGGAGUGGUGGAACGCCAUUUCAUCGUCUGCGAUCUCGAAGACGUGGAAUUUUGAAUCAGAUCAAAGUAAAGUACGCGGAAGAGUUUAGAUGAGAGCUAAGUAAUGUAGAGGUUAUGGGGUUUCGUUAUCAAAUGUUGGAAUUUUGCUUCAUGAAAUGAUGCUGGGUACAGGGAAAUGCUGGCUUGGUUUACGGAGACGCUCAAAGAGCGCUCGUCGAAUGAACAACGUUUUCGGACGCUGAAAGUGAAACUGCACAUGGAACCAGAGGCGCUUUCACACAAACCUAAUCACGUCUGAGUAUAGAUGAUGAACAUUUCUAUCGUGAG